AUGUCUGUGUCUCUGUGGUGUGAGGAGGAAGUCCGAGGCCAGCAAGGCCAGGGAGCCCAGCAGGGCCAGGCCAGGGGCCAUUCACAGCUCCGGGCCCCCUGGGACCCCAGUGUGUCUGGGCAGCGGAUCAUCCAGAGGCUGCUACAGGUGGAGGAGAGAUAUCUGCCCUCCGCCCUCUACGUCGCCCUCAUUCAGAGAGAGCCGGAGCGCAGAGAGGAGCUCGCCAAGUGGGCUAUGGAAGUAUGCUGUGAGCGUGGCUGUGACGAAACAGUGUUUCCCCUGUCUGUCUCUAUGUUGGACUGCUUCCUGUCUGCCUCCCUGUCUCUCCCUGUCUCACCCUACUGCCUGGCUGCAGCCUGCAUCCUCAUCGCCUCCAAACUAACAGAGUGUGACACAAUCUCUACUGACUCUCUUUGUGCUGCAGCUGAGUACAGCUUCCUGCCCUCCAACAUACGGGAGAUGGAACGUGUCAUCCUUGCCACUCUUCGAUGGGACGUUGCUGCGGUAACUGCUCAGGACUUCAUUCCACAUUUCCUUCCCCCUGUAGGGGAGAGGAAGGAUGGAAAGACAGACACAGAGGAGUUCUUCUCCACACUGCGUCGGCAUAGUGACACCCUGGUUGCCAUGUGUGUCUGCGACUACCGUUUCCUGGGAGCCCCUCCAUCCCUGGUUGCUGCGGCAGCGCUGAACUCUGCCCUCCGAGGUUUGGGCAACAAGGGUCCAGGUCAUCUGGGUCAUAUGAGUGCUACACUGGCAGAACUGUGUCAGACUGACCUGAUGGUGUUGCAGUGUUACAGUGAAUUGAUAGAAGCUGCCCUCAAACAACGGCUCAGAGGUGGACUCCAAGACAGUGCCAUGGAGAAGGAUGGAGAAAUAGAGGAUGAAAGAGCAGGCACUCCUACUGAUAUGAGAGAGAUUGAUUUCUAA